CAGAUACAGAAAAUUUUCCGGAUGAAAUUCCUGGAAAGUUUCCGUUUACUCGAGGUCCUCACGCGUCUAUGUAUACCGCGAGACCUUGGACAAUCCGUCAAUAUGCAGGUUUUAGUACAGUCGAGGAGUCAAACGCAUUCUAUCGUAAAAAUUUGGCUGCAGGCCAGCAAGGCUUAUCUGUCGCAUUUGACUUGGCUACACAUAGAGGAUAUGAUUCGGAUCAUUCUCGUGUGGUCGGUGAUGUAGGAAUGGCUGGUGUAGCUAUCGAUUCAGUUGAGGAUAUGAAAAUUCUUUUUAGUGGAAUCCCUUUGGAUAAAAUGUCCGUUUCGAUGACAAUGAAUGGCGCGGUAUUACCAAUUUUGGCGAUGUACAUA